AUGUCAGAUCCUAAUUCAAAAGCUGCAAGAUUGAAUCUCAAUCCAAUCUCUACAUCUAAUUAGAAUGCAUAAAUCUUAAAGGUAUAUACCACAUCUAUUCAUUCUAGAAAUUGGCAUUUAGUAUCAAUAGUGGAUAAUCUUCCACUAUUAGAGCUCUCAGUGCUCCUAAUACUGCUUAAAAUAAUAGAAUGCAAUUAGAAAUUGAAUCAAAAUAUAGUAAUUAGUAUGAAGAGCUAGCUAAAAUUGGAUAAGGAAAUUUUGCUAUUGUAUUUAAAUGCAGGAACACUCUUGAUUAGUCAAUUUAUGCAAUUAAAAAGACUAAGGCAUAACCAAAACAAAACUUAGAGACAAGUGAUGCCAGGUAAGAAGCCUGCAUUUUAGCAAAUUUAUUUAGUAAGAGUGAUACAAAACACAUUGUUAAAUAUUAUAAUUGUUGGAUAGAGUAGAAUCAAUUUUUUUUAGUUAUGGAAUAUUGUGAUUAUAAUCUAAAGUAUUAAAAACAAUAUUAAGAAUGGGAAAUAAAGAUCAUUUUAAAACAUAUUUUAGAAGGUCUAAAAUUUUUACAUAGUAAGAAUUUAGUUCAUAUGGACAUUAAACCAGAGAAUAUACUAUUUAAAAAAAAAGAUUUGAGUUUCAAGAUUGCAGAUUUUGGAUUGUCAAGACUUUAAUUUGUGAAAGAAGACGAAGAUAUUAGAGAUGGUGAUUAAAGAUAUACAGCUCCUGAAAUCAUGGAAUAUGUAUUAAAAACUAUAUCUAGAUGAAUUUUGGUACUCCAAUAGAUUUAUAAAAAGUUGAUAUAUUUGCUUUUGGAUGCACUAUAUUUGAAUUAAUGAUUUAAGAAGAAUUGCCAAAAUCUGAUAAUUAAUAUCAUGAAUUAAGAAGAGGUAUUACCAAACUCAAUUUUAAAGAUGUAGGUAAAAAAACCAUCCAUUAUUUUAUUUAGGAAUUUAAUAUUCUGAUUCUUUGAUUUAAAUUGUUUGUUAAAUGAUGGCCCCUAAAUAAGAGGAUAGGCCUACUGCUGAAUAAUUAUUAAAAAAUACUUAUCUUUAUGUACCUAAAGAAAAUAAAUUAAGAUUUUUGGAAAACUCAAAUCAUAUAUUAUUUGAAGAAAAAUAAAGAAUUUAAAUAAAAUAAUAAAAACAAAAUUAAAGAAGGAGAACAAUUGGAUCUUUCUUGGAAUUUAAAGGAUAACCGUGUGUUAAGAAUGAUGUAUAAAAGAUGAUUGAAAGAAAAAAAUAAGAAUAAGACGGAAGUUUUAGAAUUUCAAGAAUUGAUUAUUAUUAAUAAGAGAAGGAAUUGAAUGGCAAAAUUUUAAAAUCUUCUAAGGAUAUUAGUGAGAAAUAAGAUUAAUCUCAGUAUCAUAUAAAAUUUGAGUACUAGAAUUCUAGAAAUAAAAGUGCUUGA